CUUAAAAGCUCUCGGGCCAGCAGACAAAAAUGUUUGUUUUAUAAUUGCCCGCUGAACUAGGAUAGUUUGUUUCCAGAUGGUGCCCUUCCUUCAACCUGCACACAAUCUCUCCUUGUUCGAAGCUAUUCCACCCCUGCUGAUCCUGAACCCCCACCCUUACUUACAGGCUACAGAGAGGAAAUCCUAAGGAGGAGAUUUCCCUCCCCCGCCCCCCAGGCUCCAGCAGUUUUCUGGUGAUGUAAUAUGUGGGCUGAACUUGAGUCUACUGAGAAAGAGGGAAUCACUCUUCAAGGGUACUGUAUAUACAAUCUGGGUCAGCUGCGCUGGUGACUGCAUUUCUCCAUGUGGCAGACAGAGCAAAGCCACAAUGCUUUCUCUGCCGGAUUAAAGAGUCCGCAGACCAGAGCUUCCACUAUACUACUUAAAAUUACAUAGGUGGUUUGUCAGAUUCAACUGAUUCGUUCCUUCUUACAGUCUGGAUUCAACGGUCCAAAACAAAAAUGCAGCUGCCAUUAAAAUCACAGAUGGACAAACUUCUACACUGACUUAAAAAAUCGAGAACAAGGGCAGCAAGUUUCUGGAUUCGCUCUAUCAACAGUUACAAAAAGACGUCACUGAACAAUCUCCUUUCAAAAUGAAGUCUUUUAUCUGGACGCUAGGCAUGCUGUUCUUCAUAUUAAUUGACACUGGACAUUGCAGAGAAGGACAGUUCAAAAUAAAAAAAAUAGCCCAGAGAAGAUAUCCUCGUGCCACAGAUGGUAAAGAAGAAGUAAGGAAAUGUGCAUACACAUUUCUGGUGCCUGAACAAAAAGUAACGGGGCCAAUUUGUGUCAGUACCAAAGGGCAAGACGCAGGUACCAUUAAAGACAUGAUCACCAAGAUGGACCUCGAAAACCUGAAGGAUGUGCUUUCCAGGCAGAAGCGGGAGAUAGACGUGCUGCAGUUGGUGGUAGACGUAGAUGGAAACAUUGUGAACGAGGUAAAGCUGCUGAGAAAAGAAAGCCGUAACAUGAAUUCUCGCGUCACCCAACUCUACAUGCAACUAUUACACGAGAUCAUCCGUAAGAGGGAUAAUUCACUUGAACUUUCCCAGUUGGAAAAUAAAAUCCUCAAUGUUACCACAGAAAUGUUGAAGAUGGCUACAAGGUACAGGGAACUAGAGGUGAAAUAUGCUUCCUUGACUGAUCUUGUCAAUAACCAGUCUGUGAUGAUCACUUUGCUGGAAGAACAGUGCUUGAGGAUAUUUUCUCGACAAGACACCCAUGUGUCUCCUCCUCUUGUCCAGGUGGUGCCACAACAUAUUCCGAACAGUCAUCAGUAUACUCCUGGUUUGCUGGGAGGUAAUGAGAUACAGAGGGAUCCAGGUGACCCCAGAGAUUUAAUGCCACCACCUGAUCUGGCAACUUCUCCCACGAAAAGCCCUUUCAAGAUACCACCAGUAACGUUCAUCAAUGAAGGACCAUUCAAAGACUGUCAACAUGCAAAAGAAGCUGGACAUUCGGUCAGUGGGAUUUAUAUGAUUAAGCCUGAAAACAGCAAUGGACCAAUGCAGUUAUGGUGUGAGAACAGUCUGGAUCCUGGGGGUUGGACUGUUAUUCAGAAAAGAACAGAUGGUUCUGUCAACUUCUUCAGAAAUUGGGAAAAUUAUAAGAAAGGUUUUGGAAAUAUUGAUGGAGAAUAUUGGCUUGGACUGGAAAAUAUCUAUAUGCUUAGCAAUCAAGAUAAUUACAAAUUGUUGAUUGAAUUAGAAGACUGGAGUGAUAAAAAAGUUUAUGCAGAAUACAGCAGCUUUCGUCUGGAACCUGAAAGUGAAUUCUAUAGACUGCGCCUAGGAACUUACCAGGGAAACGCAGGGGAUUCUAUGAUGUGGCAUAAUGGUAAACAGUUCACCACACUGGACAGAGAUAAAGAUAUGUAUGCAGGAAAUUGUGCACACUUUCAUAAAGGAGGCUGGUGGUACAACGCCUGUGCACACUCUAACCUCAACGGGGUAUGGUACCGAGGAGGCCACUACAGAAGCAAGCACCAAGAUGGAAUUUUUUGGGCUGAAUACAGAGGCGGGUCAUACUCCUUGAGAGCAGUUCAGAUGAUGAUCAAGCCAAUUGACUGAAGACAGAUGUCUCCAAUUUAAAUGACAGAGAACUCUGCAUUUUUCAUUUCCUAAAAAUGUAAAUGUUACAUGUAUAUUAUUUUGCACAAUUUAUUUCCACAGAUAUAGUUUUUUAAAUGAAUUUUCCGUAACUAUAAAAGGGGAUGAAGGCAGUUUCAUCUGCCUUCAAUAUACUGCAGAAAAUUAUUUUAUGUCCAUAUCCUAGCUAUUUUAAAAUUAUACUGACCAAAUACAGGCAAAGUUUGUUUUCUAACGUGUAAAUAUUUACCAUGAUGUAAAACAAAUCUUAGUUUUAUUUUAAAUCAUAACUGAAUACAAGUUCAAGAGACUUAAAAAUUUAUUUAAAAACUAUGAGACUGCUCUUUCAAUGAAAAAAAUAAUUUUAAAAUUUCCCUCAAGUAAUAAAUUUUAUUUAUAAAAUUAUAGACAGGAAAUUAGAGAGAAACCUCUAAUUUUGCCAAUAUAAAGUACAUUUUUCAUUAAAUAAAAGUUUCUUCUAGUUGAA